GGGAGCAGCAGCAGCAGCCGCCGCAGCAGGCACAGCGGGAGCAGCAGCCGCCGCCCGGGAGCUUCGGGAGCAGGAGCCGCUACCGCCGCCGCCGCAGUGUCCACUCGGCCUUCGGCCGGCGCGCCCUCCGGGGAAGGAAGGACAGAGCCCCGGAGCCCCGGAGCCGGGGCCAUGCUGCGGCAGCGGGACUGAGGCGCCGCCGAGCCAGGGCCGAGCGGAGCCUUCCCCGGGCCGCCCUCCCGCGCCGGCCUGUGCGCCCCGGGCCGCGGAGGAACGGCGGCCUCGGCCUCCGGCGCAGCCCGGAAAUGUCUGGCAAGAUCGAGAAAGCAGAUUCUCAGCGCUCUCAUCUCUCCUCCUUCACCAUGAAGCUGAUGGACAAAUUUCACUCGCCCAAAAUCAAGAGAACACCAUCAAAGAAAGGAAAACCAGCCGAUGUGCCUGUGAAAACUCUUGAGAAACCUGUGAACAAAGAGGCCACAGACACUUUUCUACCAGAGGGCUACCCUCCUCCCUUGGAUCUGGAUCACCAAGCAGUACAAUUUAUGUCCACCAGUGCUGUGGUUCCCAGGUCUCAGAGGCAGAAGAAUCUCAGCUGGCUGGAAGAGAAAGAGAAAGAGGUUGUCAGUGCCUUGCGCUACUUUAAGACCAUUGUGGACAAAAUGGCCAUUGACAAGAAGGUAUUGGAAAUGCUUCCAGGCUCGGCCAGCAAGGUUCUGGAGGCCAUCCUGCCACUAGUGCAGAUCGACCCUCGAAUUCAGCAGAGCUCAGCCAUCUCCUCUUGCUACAGCCGGGUAUACCAGAGUCUAGCCAAUCUCAUUCGCUGGUCAGAUCAAGUGAUGCUGGAAGGUGUGAACUCAGAAGAUAAAGAGAUGGUCACAACUGUGAGAGAAGUCAUCAAAGCUGUUUUGGAUGGAGUAAAGGAGCUUGUCAGACUCACGAUAGAGAAGCAGGAGCAUCCAUCUCCCACGAGUCCAGUUAAGCCCAGCUCACCAGCCUGCAAGCCUGACAGCCAACCUGAGCUCCCAUUGACUGACCGAGAAAUGGAGAUUCUCAACAAGACAACUGGCAUGUCCCAGUCAACGGAGCUGCUGCUUCCUGAUUCCACGGAUGAAGAGGUUGCUCCUCCCAAGCCCCCCCUCCCUGGCAUCCGCGUGGUGGAUAAUAGUCCUCCACCAGCAUUACCACCCAAAAAGCGGCAGUCAGCACCAUCCCCUACCAGAGUGGCCGUGGUAGCACCCAUGAGCCGGGCCACCAGUGGCUCCAGUUUACCUGUUGGAAUCAAUAGACAGGACUUUGAUGUGGACUGUUAUGCACAGAGGAGGCUGUCCGGAGGCAGCCACUCCUAUGGCGGGGAGUCUCCUCGCCUCUCCCCAUGCAGCAGCAUUGGUAAGCUGAGCAAGUCCGAUGAGCAGCUGUCCUCCUUGGACCGGGACAGUGGGCAGUGCUCCAGGAAUACAAGCUGUGAAACACUAGAUCACUAUGACCCUGAUUAUGAAUUUCUGCAGCAAGACCUUUCUGCCACUGACCAGAUACCUCAGCAAGUAGCAUGUAACCUUAGCCCAUUGCCAGAAUCUGUUGGUGAAUCUGGCUCUCCUUUCCAUGGACAUCCUUUCCAGCUGCCACCAGGCAACUCCCCACAGCUAGAGCUUGGCAACCCCCUGCCUACGGUGCAUUCUUCGGACAUGCCUCCUGCCCUGCCUGAGAAGAAGCGGAGGAGUGCAGCCUCUCAGACCACGGACAGCUCCAGCUGUAGAAUCUCCUAUGAGAGGCAUCCUUCCCAAUAUGACAACAUCACAGAGGAUGAUCUCCAGAAUCCAGCCUCCCUCCAGCCAAUAUCUUUCACACCAUUCGCUGCUGUUCUCCCCUUCCAGCAAGGGGGCUCUUCAGCCCCUGUUGAGUUUGUGUCUGAUUUUGCUGCUCCCGAGUCAACAGGUGACCCUGAGAAACCACCUCCACUACCUGAGAAGAAGAACAAACACAUGCUGGCCUACAUGCAGCUCCUCGAGGACUACUCAGAGCCCCAGCCUUCCAUGUUCUACCAGACGCCCCAGAAUGAGCACAUCUACCAGCAGAAAAACAAACUCCUCAUGGAGGUCUACGGCUUUAAUGACUCCUUCACCCAGGAGCUGGCCCCGCCCCCUGCUCUGCCCCCCAAGCAGAGGCAGCUGCAGGCCUCCUAUGCUGCCUCUUCCUUCUCCUCUGUCUCCUACUGUGUCCAGCCAACUAAAGUGCCCUUCACGCCUGAGGACACCAGUGCCACUCAGGGCCUCGGUAUGUCCAUCUCUAACUCCUUUCUCAGCCGGCACAGCUCCUUCCCUGUGCACUCGUAUAAGUCUGUGUUUAGGUCCUACUCCCAGGACUUCAUGCCUCACAACCAAGCUUCUGUUCCACCUUUCCUCUCGUCUACCUCCUCUUCCUCUCCACAUUUCCCACCUGUCCACCAUUCUCAGAGCUCUGACCUAGUGGUGCCAACCACAGCCAGCCUGCCUCCCAGCACUGUGGAUGGGCCCAAUUCCUGUUCUCAGGAGAACAACUUGAAUGGGAAUUCUGUCUACCUUCCUUCUGAAACCUCUUUCACUGAUUCUCUCCAGACGCCUUCGGAAUCACCAGCUACAAAAGACGGACACCCCAAAGAUUCCACCUCAUAUGGCAGCUCCUCCGGGAAAGAAAACAGAGAAGGUGGAGAGAGGCAGCUGAAGUCCCCAGAUGGUUUGGAAUUGACCCAGUCUGAGGAGGAAGUAGAUGAGCUCUCUCUGAUUGACCACAAUGAAAUUAUGGCCAGGUUGACGUUAAAGCAAGAGGGUGAUGAUGGGCCAGAUGUCCGUGGGGGAUCUGGGGAUAUAUUGCUGGUCCAUGCAACUGAGACCGACAGAAAAGAUUUGGUUUUGUACUGUGAAGCCUUUUUGACAACCUACAGGACGUUUAUCACCCCUGAGGAGCUCAUUAAGAAGCUACAGUAUAGAUAUGAGAAAUUCUGCCCCUUCCCUGACACAUUCAAGAAGCGAGUCAGCAAGAAUACUUUCUUCGUGCUGGUCCGGGUAGUGGAUGAACUGUGCCUGGUGGAAUUGACUGAAGAGAUUCUAAAGCUCCUGAUGGAGUUAGUGUUUCGGUUAGUGUGCAGUGGGGAGCUGAGCCUCGCCCGAGUUCUCCGGAAAAAUAUCUUGGACAAAGUGAACCAGAAGAAGAUGCUAAAGUGUGCCAACUCUGACCAGCCCCUGGCUGCUCGAGGAGUAGCUGCCAGACCUGGGACUCUGCACGACUUCCACAGCCAUGAGAUUGCUGAGCAGCUGACGCUAUUAGAUGCUGAGCUCUUUUAUAAGAUAGAGAUCCCAGAAGUUUUGCUUUGGGCGAAAGAGCAGAAUGAAGAGAAGAGCCCUAACUUGACACAGUUUACUGAGCACUUUAAUAACAUGUCCUACUGGGUUCGUUCAAUAAUCAUGCUGCAAGAAAAAGCCCAGGACAGGGAACGGCUGCUUCUGAAAUUUAUCAAGAUCAUGAAGCACUUGAGGAAGCUAAAUAACUUCAACUCCUAUCUGGCCAUCCUUUCAGCACUGGACUCAGCGCCCAUCCGAAGGCUGGAGUGGCAGAAACAGACCUCAGAGGGCCUGGCUGAGUACUGCACUUUGAUUGACAGCUCUUCCUCCUUCCGGGCCUAUCGGGCAGCUCUUUCUGACGUGGAGCCUCCCUGUAUCCCAUACCUGGGCCUGAUUCUGCAGGACCUCACCUUUGUUCACCUCGGAAACCCAGACUACAUUGAUGGGAAAGUGAAUUUUUCCAAACGUUGGCAGCAGUUCAACAUCCUGGACAGUAUGAGAUGUUUCCAGCAGGCACAUUACGAAAUCCGCAGAAAUGAGGAUAUCGUGAACUUCUUCAAUGAUUUCAGCGACCACCUGGCCGAGGAGGCCCUGUGGGAACUCUCUCUCAAAAUCAAACCCCGGAACAUAACACGGCGAAAAACAGAUCGAGAAGAGAAAACCUAGGAGGAGGAGCAGUGAGCGAGAUUAUCGCUCAGGAGAGACACAGAAGGCAGCUAUGAGACUGGAAUAGACAUUUGGGCCUGUUACUGGACAGCUCACCCCAGCGGCGAACAAUGAUCCUCCCCCCAAUCCCACACCCGUUCCCUCUCCCCCCCGGGGUCUGCAGAUGCCUGGUUCUCAGAGCCAAAUAACUUGUGCUUGGGCUGUCUGCCCAGUUGGACAGCAGCUCCCAAGCACCCAGGCCAGCCCCUCCAGCCAGUGCAGGAAAUUCUUCUCCACAUCCGUUUCCAUUUUUCCCGGAUGCAGCCAAGACUUCACUCCAUACCUGGAGGGAGGGGACACAGAAGAACUCAGUGACUCCAUCCCAUUCAUGCUUUGUGACUGGUUUGUGACCUGGUGUUUUCCUUUUUGGAUGAUUGACUGCUUGUCUUCAAGCCCUGUUUAACGCUGUGAAGAUGCAGUGAUCCCAGGCCCAGGCAGCAGAAUGAGGGAGGAGCCCCUACUCAAGCCCUCCCCCCACCUCCUAUAUCUUUGACUUUCCUGAAAGGACAGAAGGAGGGGCUAAGAAGCCUUAACACCCUUGGCUUUAAGGACCGGGCCCCCGCAUAAAAAAAGUUGUGUAGCUUAGGGAUGAUCUGGUCUCUUUGCGGAGAUUGUUUCUGGGAUGUGUGCACAGGCUGAGGAUAGAAUUGAAGAGAUACUUUCCCAAACAGCCAGAGUUUACCUAGUCCCCGAAAAGGGGUCACCAUCUGGCUGGGGACAGUGUUGCCACAGUGUCAUCUCUUGCCUGCUUCCAGACUCGGCUCUCUAAAAGCAGAGGGUGUCAGACACCUCUCUCUUGUCCCUGCAGAUGGUCCCAUGCCUUCAAAAAGCUGCUGUGGUCUGGGUUUCCAAGAGCCAGGACUCCUCAGUGACAGUACCAGUCCUGGCUUCCUGAGGUAUGGAGUGCAGGGGCAAUAUGUCAGUGUCAAAAAGGCUGGAUGCCAGGCUGAGAAAGUCCAAGAAGCUCUGGUCUAAACCACAAGGCCUUGGAGUGGCUCCGACUGAGAUCAGAUGCAGGGGAAGCUUCAGCCUAUUUGAUCAGACAGACAGAUGGGUCUGUUUCCAGGGACAGAAAGGGAAACUCUGCCCCCCCAACACCCUCUUAAUUCUGUAUAAUCUUCCCACACUUAAAGGGCGCCUCUUCGGUUAUUGACUCCUAUGAAGCUUCUUUUAGAAGCCAUGCACGGUCAGGGAGAGGUGCUUGGAGUAAGGCAGGGCUUUACCAUUAGAGAAGGAAAUUCUGGUUCAGCUUCAGUUCCUGGAGGCUCAUUUUCUGGAAUGAGGAAAGACUGUCUUGACUUGCAGAGUUUGACUGGAGAAGGAGGGAUAGUUAUGAAGGACGUUUCUUGUGUUCUGUUUCUUUCUCCUCACAAUCUGCUGCCAGCCAGCCUAGUACUCUUCCAUCUCUGGAGGACUGGGAGCCCCCUCGAUCCUGAGUUCUGUUCCGAUCUGUUUAGUGUGUGCCUUAAACUUCACCUUCCAUCCUCUCUCCACCUCUUCUCUUGCCAUUGCCUUCCUUCUAGGAUGCUCCAAGGACUCUAGGGAUGACUCCACCUCCUCUAGUCCCAACAGAGCCCUUCCUGCCAGGUUUAUGUUACACAUUGAAUCAAUUUUUGUCUUUCUUUAGGAAGAAUUCUGUUUCUCAACAAGACUCACUUUAGGUGACCCCCUUCCCCUAUUUAAGUCAUCUAACAGAGAGAAAGAAGGCAUGGCUGUUGGAAAUAGACACGGUGGAACAACAUAGGUUCCCCAGCUGGUCAUUUAACACAGCCUGGGUUCUCAUGAUCUUUGGGGCAUUUCUUUGAAUCCACAUCAGCACUUCUUCCAUGCUGCUUAUGGAGAACACAGUUGGCCACAUAGAUUGACAAUCCAGCAAAGACCUUAAGGAAGGAGAGAUGCAAACUUAUUUGGGGAGAAUUUUAGACUUGCCAUUUGAGGGGAAGGGGAGUGGGGGAGGGGAUGGAAACUCUCUUGGUUAGAUAGAACCGAGGGCAUCACAGUGAAGGGAAAGAAUCUUUCAGCAAUAGAUUCCUGGCUUCUGCUGUUGAUCAUCUGGUGCAUUUUUACAAGCCACGCAGGAGACUUUGGGAUGGAUGAAACCAUGACCUGGGGAGGAGAGGGGUGGGAGUGUGUCAGGUACAGGGGACUUCAUGCAAUGUUCCCCCUCCUCAGUGGGACAGUCGAGUGGUCCUCUGGGGCUUUUGCUACUUGCAGCCCCAGUUUUAACAUUAAUGGAACAAAAAAAAUUAACAUCUGUUGAUUAUUUAAACAGAUGUGGGCGUUUUGUUUUUUAGAGACAACCAGGACACUUCAUUUUGCCGUCCAUCAUGGGCCUUUUGGCAUCUUUUAUCAAGAAGUCAUAUUUUUUUUCUGUAAAUAGAGAGGAGAGAAAAAAGGAAUCUGUGAAAUGUUGGGCAGACCUAGAGCCGUGGUUCUGAAAGAGUCACUUUAUUAUUUAAAGCGUGCAUUGUAGUCUAGAUGGCUUAUUAACAGUAUUGUUUGUGUGAGGUUUUUUUUUUCCUUUUGUUCUGUUUUCUUUCUCUUUUUCUAAGUUGUCCUUUCAUUUCAGUCUUUUUCCAGCUUCAUUCCCACAUCUGCCUCUGGACCCUUGGUUUUGGGGGGAGGGGUUGCCCAUUGAAUGUUGGAGUGAGAGAGAGAGAGAGACAGAGUGUGUGUGUGUGUGUGUGUGUGUGUGUGUGUGUGUGUGUGUGUACCCCAGUGCUUGUGAAACAAAUAGGUGCUGGGGGGCCAGGGGAGGCCCUGCCUUUGGGUCCUGGGAAUGUAAGAUGACUCCUGGGCUUCAGAGCAGGCCUAUAGGAGUCAGUCUCUGACUGCUGGCCCUGACAUGUAGUUUUUGAGUUUCUUCCUCAAAAAUCAACCCCUAAAUACCAUCUUCGCCCCUCAGUCAACUCCAGCUACAGAUUUGUUCUGGUUGCUGGCCUUAAUUCCCCAGCACUGAGUCAGGGAUCCCCUUUCUUCCCCUUCUCAAUUUGGAUACUUAUAUGUGAGCAGGGACCCCCCUCAUCCUGGCCUGUUUUCUUUGAACCACUCCCCUGUGGCAGGGAGGGUGCAGAGAUGGAGAGAAAAGGGGGGUACAUCUCUGUUGUGUCGCUAAGCAAGCUGGGAAAGGUUCCACCCCAGAUACGGCCACAGGGUGCAGUGCCACCCGGCCUGCCCUCCCAGCACCUCUCCUGGCCUAUGCCAUUUGUGGUCUGAGCCAAGUGCCUUGGUGAGCCCACAUGGCUCAACUGAGCUGUCAUAGGUGGACAGGGAUCUGUACUCCAGGUGUCCCUGCUCUGUAGCCCAUUGCAUGAGUUCACAGAGUGAG